AUGGGGCUGCAGGAAGCUGACAUCCUCAAAAAAGCAACCGUCUUAUUCGGAUUCAAUGGCGAGCCAGCUACAACGCUCGGAGAAAUCAUCCUACCUACCUAUGCAAAAGGAGUCAACUUGCAGAGUAAAUUCAAUGUGGUAGAUUGUCUCUCACCGUAUAAUAUCAUCAUGGGAACACCAUGGAUUCAUAAAAUGCGAGCUGUGCCAUCAACCUAUCAUCAAACUAUCAAAUUCCCUACCAAAUGCGGAGUGCAAGAAAUCAAUGGCGAUCGCAAGCUGGCAAGAGAGUGUUAUAGCAUAUCCCUCAAAGCAAAGAAAGAGUCCAGCUAG